GACGAACAGAACGCCGGCCUGUGCGCGGUGGUGACUGGCGCGAACAAAGGCAUCGGCCUUGCCAUCGUCCGACAGCUCGCUGAUUGCGGCGUUGCCGUCGUCCUAACAGCUCGCGACGAAGCCCGCGGCACCGCCGCCGUGCGUUCUCUCCAGUCCGCUGGCCUCACAAACGUCCUUUACCACCAACUCGACAUCCGCGAUCCCCUCAGCGCCGCAACUCUCGCCCGAUUCCUACAAGAUCGCUUCGGCAAGCUCGACAUUCUAGUCGGUACCAAACCCCCUUUACGCAUCAAACCUAACC